AUUAAUAAAAAUCCCCCGUUGGCAAGGUACCGCCAAAAAAGGCCCGUGGUUUUCUCCCGAUUUGGGUUUCCACGUCAAAAUCCCCGUGUUUAUAUUUUGGUGUAUUUUUAGACUAGUUUAUCGUUUUAGCCGGGCUAAAAACGGUAUACCGGUCGAUAAUUUACACCAUCAUUUUGGCGCCGACCGUGGGACCAGAACAAGAAGCUGUGCUUUUGUCCGGCCAUCUUUCCGUCGGUGGAAGGAAAAAAAAAGUGAAUUUCAAGAGUCAAAUAAAGGGACUCAAAGAGAGAAAUGGCCAAAUUAUACCGAACAUAUGUUCUGGCCUUCAACUGUUAAUGCCUCCUGGAUCUUUCGUAGCCACCUUCAUUGCGGCUACCAGUGGGGGUCAGUUGUGGCUAGAAUCCACAGAGGCUGCACACAGAGUUUGCCACUGCGGGAAUUCAUCCCUGCCACUUCGCUCGGGGCUAACAGGCAAUGACCAAGAAACACGCCAUUGCCACUACCAGAGGUUCAUGGUCGUUGACGUUACCACGAUUGAGUUCACCAUCGUUGCUAUUCAUCGUGGCCGAUCGGGAUAUGAUCGCUGCCGCUUCACUCUCGAGACAACUUUGCCGAUGUCACCCACUGGCCACUACCAUCACUGGAGGAUAAUCCAUCUAGAUCUACCACUGUCGCAUAUGUCCACCACCACGUUAUUGAAGUCUGCCACCAGCGCUACUGAGGAAGACUGGGACACAGGCCCGGACCUGGAACGCUGGUUACUACACCGGUCUUGCUCAGUAUAAAAUAAAAAAAUAAUAAAGCCGGAAGAGGGGCCCGGAAGAGGGUAUGCCUGCAAGAGGGCUGGACCUGGAAGAAGGUUCGAACCGUACUUACACGGGCCCAUGAGGUUUGACCGGUAUCGGGGAAUCAGCCGAGACUGGCAAACUGAUUGGGGACUAAAAGAUGCCCAUUAAAAGAAAUAGAAGAGGGAUCGUCCACCGUGGCGCAUCCUAUUUCCCCCUU